GUUAACACAACGACGGCUGUGGGCUCCUUUGCUGGGGGAGAGUUGUUCCGUCUGUUUGUUUGUUUGGAAGUGCUGGCAGGAAAGCAGGGAGGAGAAAAUUACCUAAGUGAUAGCGAGGUUGCCAUGAACUCUAUAAAACCGUGGGAUCGAAUCAGGCAAACUCCACCUCGCCGUCUUGAACCAAUGCACAACUCCUGACUCGAAACCCACCCCAGCACCGAGUGAGCUCAGGGACUUGAACUCCAACCAAGCACAUGAGCUCAGCAGUGCUGCAGAGCUGAACCCACGAGCGGUCCCAGCAGCACCCAGAGUUAAAGGGGAGCCCCGAGCAGGAAUGCUGUGCUGGGGAAUCGUGCAGAUGAUGAAGUGGGGGCAGCUUUUCUGGAUCGCCUUCUGCGUCGUGAGGUUGUCUGGUACCGCUGCUGACAGCCUCACAGACAACUCAACUGCUGUGUCCUUGGCCUUGGCAACAGAACAGAGCAGCAGUGGCAGCGAGGCACCCACCAGCAUCAUGGGCAGCGCUGCACCGACACAGGACAGCCCUGCCACUGCUCAACCCGCAUCAGGCAGCUCCAGCUCCCCAGAACUCAGCAGUGGGCACAGCCCCCAUCCCAGCACCCAGAGCAUCACCCAGAGCAUCACCCAGACCAGCCAGACCCCCACAGCACUGCUGGGCAACCACUCGCAUGUGGAAGAUAUAAGCAGUGGAGCACCCACCACGCUGAGCCCAACACUGCACCUAAGAACAACAGCAGCUGCAAACCCAUCUGCAACAGCACUGCUCAGCUCCACGGCCACCCCUGGACUGAAGGAGGUCUCGGAGGUCACCACACAGCUGCACACAUCUGGUGGUGUCAGCAAGCCCAUCACGUGUCACAACAUCAAAGAAGUGAGAGACAGCGAAGCCCUCUGCCUGCGGCUCAAUGAGUCCCACACCUGUGAACAUUUUUUGGACACGAAGGGCUCAGAUUUAUGGAGAGCCAUCUGUGAAGAGGAUGCUCACCGUGUGCCCCAACCCUGCCAGAUCAAAUUAGCCACGUCUGAGGUGGACCGGGAGUGUCUGCUGCUUGUCCUCAAUGGGAACACAGAUCCUGCUACAGAUGUGCUCCAUGAGUCUCACUGGGAAAAGUUCGGAAUCAAAUCCCUCGAACAGGGCAGGGUGAGGAGCCAUCAGGACUUUAGUCGGAAGACACUGACGGCUUUGGUUACCACCGGGCUCCUGCUGGCGGUUCUGGGCAUGGCUGGAUACUUCUUGAUGAGGCGACGGAGCUGGAGCCCCGCGGGACAGAGGCUGGAUGAAGACCACUACGACCUGGAGACUGGCAGCCAGGGCAGCCCCGCACCGCAGGAGAAACCAAGUGCCAACGGGGCACAGGAGAACGGUGCAUCCCGCAAUGGCCGUGGCACAGCUCAGAGCCUCGCCGACACCUCCAUGUGACCCCGCACAGUGCACAAGAGCCUCACACAGAACUUUGCCGUGACUUUUUAUCUUCUUUAUCUCGUUUCCAUGAAGAACUUCACCAUCACCCCAAUGCACGCUGUGCUCCAGUGCUGCCCGGGGGCUGUUUCUCUGCUCUCCCUCCUUCUUCUGAUGACCAAAUGGAACUUUUUUACUGCCAUCCUCUGCUUUUGUUGUUAAAAGCACACGCUGAGAAAUGCAGCUGAGCAGAGGGAAGUUGAAGCCACCAUCCGGGUUGCAGCGGUGAUCUGAGCACCAGCAGCCCCAGGAUUUGGUGGCACUGUGAUUUAAGUAGUUAGAUUGGGAUUCCAGUGACACGAACCUCUCAGGUUUCAGGGAAUGGUGUUCUUUUUAUCUCGUCUUUAAGCACGGGACGUCUUCCUCCUAUAGGAGUAUGGGGUCUUUAAUCCCCUCCUUGUGCUUUGUGCCGUCUUUGGCAUUCCUUCGUCUCUUAGAAUGUACUGGAGCUCUGUGUAACACUUCCCAUGUGGUGUUGAAGGCUGAAAUACAGGCAGACCUUGAGCUCUGCUGAGCCAACAAGGGUUCAGGUAGUUGUUUUAGGGUGACGUCUCACCCAUCUCCCAGCUUGGAGGUGGCAAUAACACCAUGAUCCAUCACCGUGUGCUCCCAUCUCCCUACACUAUAAAACAGAGCUUUGGCCUCCAUAGGACUUUGGGAACAGAAGAUGCCAAAGGGCUCCUGGUCAGAGAUCAGCUGGACUCUGUGACGGACGUUUCCAUUCAAACAAAACCAAAGUAUUUUUACUUUACAGUAACAAAAAGCCUGUGCUGAAAUGCCAACAGCGGGAGCAAACCGAGCUCUGCUCCCCUGCAAACUGCUCCUCCCAGCCCUCGUUGUUAAUCAUCUCAAUAAGAAAAGAGAAAGCAGCAGCAUUACAAAUGAGUGCACUCAGAGCUGCUGCUUGUUCAUCCCGCUGGGACUUGGGGCUCAGGACCACACCUCAUUGAGCCCUUGUUUUGCAGCACAACGUGAUGACUCAAAGCUGUCCCACAUGUCUGCUGGACAAGUGACUGUUUAUCGAGUUAUUCAACAACAUUUGUUUGACUUGCUGAUGUUUACCAUGUGCUGCUAAUUGCCGGAGCAAUAAACGAGGCUGCAGGCUGAUGGCUGGGAGCUGUGCUUA